AUGAUACCUCCUAAUGUGAUAAUGGAUAGACUUUUCGCUGGUCCUUCUACAAAAUUUCUUGCUGUUGAAGGGCACAUCUUUACGGUUGAAGCUUGUUCAUUUUAUUUGUCUCAGAGAAGUAACCAGUCCAUAAAUGCUGGUAUCAAUACAAUUACUUGUAAACUAGGAAAGUCAGUUAUCGAGAUGAUGCUUUACUGCUAUCAAUGUUAUUUUUGCUUUCAAAUGAUAAAGGAUCCUCUUUUAUUAAGUGAAGAAUUUGAAGCUAAUUGCUGCAGAAUUAAAAUUGCAUGA